UAUCGAUGUUCAUCUUCAUCUUUGUUCUGUAUCCGACACUCCUCUGGCACUUUAUUGAAUAAUACCACCUUGAACCGACUUCAUUUGGUUGGCAAGAUGCAGAGAGUGAGUAGUCUAGUAAGCUGUGAAUGGCUUUCCCGAAUCUUAUCACCACAAACUCAAUAUCUCAGAGUUCUGGAUGGGAAUUGGUACAUGCCAGGUAGCGGGAAGGACCCAAAAGCAGAAUUUGCCAAAAAGCACAUCCCUGGUGCAGAGCAGUUCAGCAUUGAUGAUUGCACCCUCCCACACUCUCCUUUCUCCCAUACUCUUCCAACACCAGAGUUCUUCGCCGAAUAUGUUGGGGAACGUGGCAUCUGCGACAACACGCAUGUCGUAGUCUAUGACAGUCACCCACAGUACGGAAUAUUCUCAGCGGCAAGGGUUUGGUGGUUGUUUCGUGUUUUUGGACACAAUGCUGUCUCAGUACUCGAUGGAGGGCUCCCUCUGUGGGAGAAAUCAGGUUAUCCUUUAUGUAGCAGCACAGCUCCCAGUGAGGUGGAGAAAAAGGAGUUCAAAGCCGAGCUUCAACCAAAUUUGGUCCGAAGAUUUAGCGAUAUGACAGGCAAUCUGAAAGCAAACAAGUUUCAAGUGAUGGAUGCCAGAUCUCCAGCCCGAUUCUUUGGCCAGGUGCCUGAGCCACGAGAAGGAUUAUGCCGUGGCCAUAUGCCAGGUUCUGCUAAUGUGCCUUUCAAUACCCUACUCAAUGAUGAUGACUCAGAAAAAGCACGCCUGAUGAAGUCCCCAGAAGAGCUUACCAAGAUAUUUGCAGACCGUGGCGUUGACCUCUCCCAACCUGUCACAUCAACCUGCGGGUCAGGGGUCACGGCCUGUAUCCUUGCAUUGGCUGCGUACAGAGCAGGAAAGAAUGAUGUUGCUGUGUAUGAUGGAUCAUGGGAGGAAUACGGUCAGAAAGCAACGGAAGAUCAGAUUGUGGUAUGUAAUCCUGAAGCAAAUGCUGGUUAACAGAUUACAGAAUGUGACCUUUAGACACCUGAGUACUUGAGAUGUCUAGAAUUUAAAAAAUUGUCAAACUAGGAACAAUUCAUUUUUGUCAAAGGUUUUUUGUUCAGAGUUAAUUUCAUUUAAUAAACCACUAGCAAUUGUGGGGGACUCUUUUGCAAUGUCCGAUGGCUAUUAUUAUGUCUUGCAGUCAAAUCUUCCUUUACCCCUAUCAAUUUUUGACUGGUUUGAAUUCCUGUUUAACAGGGCUCGACACUAGCGGCGGUCCGACGGUCCCAGACCAGUAAAAAUCGCUGUCGGGCCAGUAGAUUUUCAGAAAUAGGAAGAUUUACUGGUCCGACAUGACCAGUAAAAAAUAUCAUUUUCUUUGUUUCUUCCCUCUUUUCUUUCAUUUUUUUUGUUCUUUCUUUCCUUUUAAAAAUAUUUUUCUCUAUUUCUUUUUUCUCUUUCUUUCUUUCUUUCUUUCUUUCUUUCUUUCUUUCUUUCUUUCUUUCUUUCUUUCUUUCUUUCUUUCUUUCUUUCUUUCUUUCUUUCUUUCUUUCUUUCUUUCUUUCUUUCUUUCUUUCUUUCUUUCUUUCUUUCUUUCUUUCUUUCUUUCUUCCUUUCUUCCUUUCUUCCUUUCUUCCUUCCUUCCUUCCUUCCUUCCUUCCUUUCUUUCUUUUUGAUAUUUUUCUUUCUUUAAUUCUCGAGUCCAUCCAUCCUAUAUUCAUCUCUUCUCUCAUUCCUUUCUUUCCUUCUUUUUACCCUUUUCUUUCCUUCAUUCUUUGUUACUUUCUUCCUUCCAUCCAUCAUUUAUUUACCCUUUCUAGUUGUUUUUUAUUUCUUCCUUCUUCCAACCCUUUCUCUCUUUCUUACAUUCAUUCCUUCCUUUCUUAUAUAUGUCUUGUUCUUUCCUUUUUCCCUUUGUUAAAUCUAUCCUUUUACCUUUCCUUUCUUUUUUUGACUGCUUGCUUCCUUUCUCUCCUUUAUUCUUUCAUUCCUUCCUUUCUUUGUCUCUCAGUCUUUCUUUUUUUCUUCCUUUCAUCUAUUAUUUUCUCUUUUUUUUUAUAUUGCUUGCUUCUUUCCUUCCCUUCCUUUAUUUCUUUCCUUCUAUCUAUCAUUUACCUUUCCUUUAUUUCUUCCUUAAUUCCUUUCUUCCUUCUUUCAAUCCUUCCUUCCUCUCUUUCUUUAUUUUGACCUUCUUUCCAUCUCUCCUUUUACCCUUUCUUUUGUAUUGCUUCUUCUUUCUUUCCUAUACUACUUACUGGAUUUGUUCUUUCUUUCUGUAUUGCUUGCUUCAUUUCUUUCCUUCAUUUCUUUUUUUCUUUUCUUUCUUUUUUUCUUUCUUUCUUUCUUUCUUUCUUUCUUUCUUUCUUUCUUUCUUUCUUUCUUUCUUUCUUUCUUUCUUUCUUUCUUUCUUUCUUUCUUUCUUUCUUUAUUUUUGUUCCUUCUUUAUUCCUUCCUUCCUUUCCUUCUUUAGUUCUUUCUUUUUUUCCUUCCUUCACAUCUAUCCUUUCUUUACCUUUUCUUUUUUUCUUCCUUCCUUCCUUUCUUUUAUUCUUUUCUUUCUUUCUUUCUUUCUUCGUUUCUGUCUUGCUUUCUUUUUGUCCUUCAUUCCUUCAUUUUAUUUGGGGGGGGGGAACGAAAGGCUAGAAAAAUAAACUUGCGCCUUUUUUUAAUGUUUUCUUUAUUUUUGGGGACCAGUAGAUUUUAGGUUCGGACCAGUAAAAAUUUGAAAAACUGGGUAUCUACUGGUCCGACAUGAAUAGGUUGGACCAGUAGAAAAAAUGGGUUAGUGUGGAGCCCUGCAUUUAAUCAUGGCCACAAAUUGAAUCUGAUCACGUUUUGUAUAUUUUUUAGCAUGAAACAGACUCGAAUAAGACUCAGUGGCUCAGUGCACACAUAUUUUUUUUUCUCUCAUUGAACACUGCUUGGAUAAAACUAUGUAUUCCUUGCCAUUUCUGGCAGACAAUAGCCAUUUGAAAUAAUACUGAGCUUGUCAGCAAAUGUAAAACAAGCUAAUUUCUAAAACAUGGGAGCAAGUUGUAAGAGAGGAUGUGCUAUUUCUAUUCAAACUUUGUCCUCCAAGAACUAAAACAAAUGGAUUGACAUCUGAUUUAAUGCAUUAGAUAUUCAUAGCUGCAAUUUAUUUAAUGAUAAGGGAGUCAUAUCCUACACACAUGUACGAAAAUAUUGAAUAAUCAUGAUUUCAUGUAAGAACAUAAGAAAAGGAAAGGGGGAUGUGACAUCAUCAGCCCACCUAAUGAAUAGUCUUGAUGAUAUGUAGAACUGUUUUCACAAAAUAUUCAAAACUUUAAAAUUCAAGUUAACUUUGUUAUUUGUCAUCUUUAUUAAUGGAAAUGUCCAACAUGUUGCUUGGUGAAUUUUACUAUAAUUUUUCAGACUAGAGUACCCCUUUAACAUGGUUGAGACUUAUUGGUUAUUUUGGGUGCAAAGCUACAAUUAUGCUGUGAAAGAGUCAUGUUUUGAUUUAUGUUUUGAUUCUUUGGGGAAAAAAGGGAAAGAAAUUAACACUAAGUCUUUAAGUACUUUGGAGAUGAUGGAACAUUAUAGCCAUGUAAUAAAUUGUGUGGGUACUUUGUAUUUCUUCAAUAGGAUUAUUUGAUGUUUUUUUUAUAAAUUACAAUUUUGUAUAUAUUCUGGGCUAUUGUAUUCUGGAAAUAUUUGAAGUCAUUCUGUCCUAUUCUACCUGUUUUACAGGGUUAUUAUGUUAAUUGGUUCAAAGUAAACAAUUAUUUCACUUUGUGUUGAAAAUGUGUGGUAUUUGUCUAUGCAAAGGCUAAAUGUAACAGGGGAUACUUAUCAUUAGAGAAAUAACAAUGUGUGCUCUUAUCUUUGGGAAAAUAAGCUCAAAAAUGUACUAACUUAAGUAGUGACAGGAGGUAAUAUUCUUGAUGUCGCCAAAGAGAAAACAAGAUUUGAAAUGAAUGCUACCAUACAUGAUCAGUCAAACACUGAAAUAUUACAGCAAUAGGCCUAUCGCUGAAUCCUAAAGGUUUUUUUGCAAAUGCUUUACAGGGUACAUUGAUGUCACAUUCCCAUAAUACUGCAGUAUUGACAUCCCAGGGUUACCAUCAUUAGAAGGUGUAACAUCAUGCUUGUACAAUGAACUUUUAUAAUGAACCUUAAAAUCGUCCUUCCAUCUCGUAUUACGCUCAGACUUUACAUUUUGAAGUAUUGUGUUUGCCCACCCUGAAUAAAUCUUUGACUUUUUUAUAGAUAGGUUAUACCCUUUUCAUGUGUCUAGCUAGGGUUGAAAAAGUCCCAAAACUAAACCCUUUUUUAAAUUAUUUUAAGUCCCAAAAGUAAACCCUUUUACAAUUAUU